AUGGCGCAAGUCCCGUGGGAGAAACUUGCGCAGAAACCUGUCUCCGAGGCAACGGCCGGCGAGAUCCUCUCGCGAUGCCUCCUUCAGCUGCGCCGAUGCUCCCUGUACUCGUCUUCCGACGGCGCGGGCACCGACGGCGCCUGGAUCGAGCAGAGCGAAGUGGUUCGGCAACUCCGCAGUGUACAGGCAAGCGUCACGCGCUCCCAGCGUCUCUUUUCUUCCCGGAAAACAGGCGGAGGAUCCGAGUCGAAGCUGCGAGGCGACGAAGGCAGACGAGACAGAGCCGACGGCGCCGGCGGACAUGCAGGGGACCUGCGCAGGAGUGUGUUCCACGUCGUCCGAGCAAAGGGCAUGAUUCAGCUGCUUCCUCGUCACUUGGGCAACGUCAAGCUCGGCAUUCAGUUGUAUCUCCUCAACUUCCUUCUGAAGUACCUUCCCGAGUUCAACGGCGUUUGGCUAGCCGUCGACGGCAUUCGGGUCUUGCAGCCCAAGAGCCGACUCGGCGGAGUCCUUUGCCCUCUGGGCUACAUGGUCCCAGAUGCGGAUACAGGCGGCGGCGUCAUGCUCUUCGAGGUCGAACUCGACUGCCUCGUCUUCAAACCGAAAACCAACGCCAUGCUCAUUGGACGCUUGCAGACUGUCCGACCGAGUCACGUGCGACUCCUCUGGCUAGGCCUGUUUAGCGCCGUCAUUCCUCGCGAUCGGCUCUCGCCCUCCUACGACAUUGACAAAGAACAGAGAAAGCUGCAACACAAGAAAGGCGGCGCAGACAUCGAAGAGGGCGACCGCGUUUGCUUCCAGCUGACGAGUUACACGCAAGGCUCGCGCGCGGAGCUUCUGAGUUUGGAAGGGAGUUUGGAGUCCGGCUACGCGGGUCUCGUGACUGAUGGGAAGCGCGGGGCGGGCGAGGGGCGCGAGAAGAAGAGCGGCGAGAAGGUGCGUGACGCGCGGGAAUCCAGGGUAGAGCCUGACAGCAAGAAAUCCGAAGGCGAUGGCAGCGAGAAGGGAGAUGCUGAGCCGAAGAAGAAGCGAAGACGGCAGGAAGGCGGAGAGGAACGCGAGAGCGAGGCAGCGCCGAGAGAGAGCGCGACAGAGAGCAAGAUCGCUCGCAGCCUGCCUGAGCAGGCAGACUCGGCGGAGGACAGGAGAACGGAAAAGAAGAAGCGUGAGGAAAAACCUGACAGAGAGGCGACUGCCGAUCCUUCUCGGGGAACGGAGAAGGGAUUACGCGCUGCGCCCGAAAAGACAGAAGAGAGGCACGCCCGGACAGGCAGCAAAAUGAAGGCGAGACUCGAAAGGCGAGAGGAGGAAAGCGAGGAAGACAUCCGAGACGUCAGCCUUGAGCAUCGAAAGAAAAGACGGAAAUGA